AUGCCAGGAUUGUUAAAUUGUGAAAGCGAUUUCUUUUGUACUCGGGAGUGCUCGGGAGUGUUUCCGCAAAUAGUGAUUAAUUCAUUAGCGUUUAUCUUUGCGUCAUUAGCGUUAUUUUACCGCUUAUUAAAACUAGCGCAUUAUAUUACGGAGCGGGAGACGGGGUUUGAUUUAAUAGCCACGAAUAUUGGGAGUAACAACACUGUUAACGGCAAGGAGUUCAAGGAAUUUCAAGAUAUCUCAAGUGACGUGGAUGAGUUAAGUGGCACUAUGAAGGAGAGAUCUGUAGGGCGAUCUACCAAACCGAAAACAGCUGCUUUAAAAAGAGGCGAAAAAGAUGUUUACCCACGUAGAAAUGCCGUUCGCAAACGCGGAGAAAUUCAACAAAACAUACUUCAGCCGAAGGCUAUUUCACAGAAGUCAGAUAGGACACCACCACGGCGAAAAACAGAUUCCCACACUGAUAAAUUCACCGAGAAUCGAAGCGUUACUGCAGAGAAUUCUGACGUUUUCGACUCGGAACCACAUUUGGAUCGCACUACAGAGAUAACUGCAAAUAAUUUGGAACUUUUUGAACUGGAAGACACAAAUUUAGAUCGUGCUAAUGGCAUUACUCCUGAUUGCUCUAAAAUAUUUCAUUUAGAAGAAGCGAAUCUGGAUAGUUUAUCUGAGCAAAAUUAUCUUGCCAAUGGAACAUCCGAGGAAAGAAAAUCUAAAUUGUCAUCUACAAGCAAAAAACAUAGAGCUGGGUUUGCUGGAGAAACUAUAUAUGACAAAAAUGGCAAAGCUUUAACAAAUGGUGCUAGUCAUUCUCAACACAGAACCCAAGGACAAACAACAAGGAAUUUACGAGGAAAAUCAACAAGGUCAAGUAUAUCAAAUGGACAUUUGCGAAAAGAGGCGAACGUUCAUCGACGCACAGCUCAAAUUCAGAACGGGGUAUCCGAAGUGGGAUUGACAGGGAGUUAUGAUGAUAAUGAUGGAUACGAGGAGCCGGAGUGGUCGUCAAGUGAGGAUAUAGUUGAGGGUAUUGAGGGAUUGUUGGUGGUUGAGGAUGAGAGUGAGUUUUAUAUGUCGGGAUUUCGAUUGUGA